UUAUCACUAUCAGAAUGUGGAAAACUAGGUCUCCCCAUACCUUGAGGCAACCUUCCCGUGUCUACAAACCUGCUUUCUCUCUCGGUCCAAGAGCCUCGUCAUCGUCGUUUGGAACCUCAAAUGCAAAGAAAUCUUUGAUCCAGCAGCUCCAAAGUCAGCUCUCUAUCAAAAUUGACGAAGCAUCACAUGUAAUGAAGAAAGUCCCACAAAUACUCUUGGAUGCAAUAGUCGACUCAGCCUUCAAAUUUACUGAUCAAGCUCUGCACUCAUCCGAGAGCAACUUUGCACCAGUUGAUGAGAUCGGUGGGUCCAUAGAAAUAUUGCAGCUUGAAGGAAACAUACCUGAAGAUUUCCCAGAGGGCGUAUACAUCAGAAAUGGUUCCAAUCCCCUAUUUGGCGCUCUCCAAUCGACUGCCUCAAUCUUUGGAGAGUCAAAUGACAUAUGGGUUGAGGGAGAGGGCAUGCUCCAUGCCCUGUACUUCACCAAGAAGAAUUCAGCUUCUUGGUCAGUCUCCUAUGCUAAUGGCUAUGUGCAAUCAGAAACAUUGAAGAUCGAGCGAGACCGCCAGAAACCAUGCUUCCUCCCUGCCGCCCAGGGGGACUCUGCAGCUGUCAUUUCUGCCUACAUUCUCAACUAUCUAAGGUUUGGCAAGGUGAACAAGAACAUCAGCAACACCAAUGUGUUUGAACAUGCGGGCAGGGUUUACGCUGUUGCUGAGAGCCAUCAGCCCCAGGAAAUCUGCAUACAAAAUCUUGAGACAGGAAAUACAUGGGACAUCCACGAGCAAUGGAAUCGACCCUGCACAUCUCACCCAAAGGUAGCUCCAGAAUCACGUGAGCUGGUCAUCUUUGGUUCAGAUGCAAAGAAGCCUUUCCUAGUUGUGGGGGUUAUCUCAGAUGAUGGAACCAAACUUAAACAUAAAGUUGACCUCAAGCUAGACAGACCUACACUUUGCCAUGACAUAGGAGUUACUAUAAGGUACAACAUAAUCAUGGAUUUACCACUAACAGUUGACAUCGGCAGACUCACUACAGGCGGUCAGCUAAUUGAAUUUGAGAAGGAAGGUUAUGCAAGAAUUGGGGUUAUGCCCCGCUAUGGCGAUGCAGAGUCGGUUGUAUGGUUUGAUGUUGAACCAUGUUGCAUGUUUCAUCUUAUCAACUGCUUUGAGGAGGGUGAUGAGGUUGUUGUCCAGGGACUCUGUUCAGCUGAUUCGGUCAUACCAGGCCCAAGACUAAGCAAAUCCGACAUAUUACCUGAAAAAUCUCAACUGACAGGAGAUGGCAAGACAACGAAGCAGAGAAUUAAUGAGAAAUUAUUCUCUCGCUUAUAUGAAUGGAGAUUAAACCAAGAAACAAAGACAAUUACAGGGGAAUAUUUGACCGGAAGGGAGUGCUCCUUGGAGUUGCCAAUGAUCAACAACCACUACACAGGCCUGCAUCAUAGUUAUGCCUAUGCACAAAUAGUAGAUUCUGUAACAAGAUCUGGAGAAGGAUGUGGAAAAGUACUCCCAAAAUAUGGAGGAUUUGCAAAACUCUGCUUAGAUGAGAGAGGGACUGGAACAGAGACCUCAACCAAAGAUCUAAUAAAGAUGGAAAUUCAUCGACUUGGUGAAGAUCAGUUCUGCUCUGGAGCAUCAUUUGUUCCAAGAGUUUGUGGCUCACAUGAAGAUGAUGGGUGGAUAAUUUCUUUUGUACAUGACGAAGUAACUAAUACAUCACAGGCACGUUUUCAUGGAAACACAGUAUAUAUACACCCCAAUUUCCAUGUAAAAGACAAGUGAGUCUAGCUGUGAAGCUUUAAUUAUUUCAUAUGUCGCAGGUGCACAUUAUUGACACCCAAAGAUUUGAAGGUGCUCCUGUUGCCAAAAUAACAUUGCCACACAGAGUACCCUAUGGAUUUCAUGGAACUUUCGUCCAUAGCAAAAUAACAGAGCACGCGAAUAAUAAAUAAGCAACAAAAUCGAUAGCUUAGAGUUUAAAUAUAUAUAUUGAAUUGGGUCUUUAUAAGUACUUGGUAGGCACACAUGUAUUCUCAUCAUCAAUUUGACCAAGGACAUGUAAGAUAUGUGCCACAAAAAGUAUAUCAUUAGAAACUUCUUGUUGUUGAAGGAGUGGUCUUGGAGUUCGAGAGGUGAUCUCUAGGGUGAAAACACAUGUACAUGCCUUCACUAGUUUGUUUUGACAAUAUUGUCGUAUGAGUGUUUCAUCCUUCUCGAAGGCAUUGUCUUGGUGGCCCAAUCGAUACAUGGGUCAUUCGAUGGUUGUUGGUAUGUGCCUUUUUUUGGAAGUGUAGCUCUUUGUCACACAACCGAUGGUUAGAUUCCCCAAAGUUAGCCAUCGCAUGUCAUAUUCUUACUUGUUGUAAGUACUUCGAGGCCUCGAAGUCUUAGACGUCAUUUGAAUAAAUUUGGUCACGCGCAUAGUG